UGCAGCAGCCACACUUUUGACUAGUUUUGGAUACGGAUGCGGGGGCCUCUAUGAUUUUUCCAGAUAAUCCUGGUCAAAGAUUGUUUACGAGGAGUCAAACGCCUAGCGGGAUUGACCGCCCGCUGGGUCCACCGAUAGCCAAGCGAAAGAAGUGGAUCGCAGGAGCAUCGAUUAUCCAGAGCAACAAGUUGCGGUUUGGAUCUGCAUCCGUAUCUGUACAAGAUGCCGGUAAAGAUGUACGAUGUCACGUCGCGCGUGUUUAGCGCCAUGCAGAACCUGGACAUCACAUUGCUGGCCAGUUACCCGGAGACGGAGAUCCGGCCGGUGCUGCCGUCGUUGGUCCGGAUGAGCCUUCUAUCGCCGCUGGAUAACACGGAAUCAUCGAUGGAAUCGCGCAAGCAGAUCCUGGCCGUCCUCAUCGGUAUCGAGGUGGUGAACAGCAUAGUCUCCUACCUGCAGGUCAACUACCACGAGCUUGAGAACGAGCUCAAGAAGGAGUUGCAAACGCGACAGAAAUCUGUCUACUUCGAGGGCCAACAGCACGAAUACGGCCUGCAGUCCGGUAUUGCGCUGGGAUUCGAGCGGGCGGACGUGGCCCGCAAGGUGCGAGUGGUGCUCUCAGAGAUUUUUAAUCUUCAGCAGCAGGUUUCGGAGCAGAAGCCGGCUGCCCACUCCGAAAUCCUCGACGAUGGCAUCUAUCUGGAGGAAGUUGUGGACAUCCUCUGCAUAGCCCUUGCCGAGCUGCCCUCUCUGCUUAAUAUCCUUGAACUGACUGAUGCCCUCGUCCAUGUGCCGAAUGGUCACAGAAUUAUCUGCGCUUUGGUGGCCAAUUUCCCGGACUGCUAUCGCGACGUGGUGUCCCACGUGAUCGCCAACUGUGAUGAGGAGGGCACCGACGGCAAGUACCGGCUGACCCUGUUGAUGGCGCUUAGCGAGAUGAAUCCCUCCCAGGCGCUGGCCAAUCGUUCCAUGUGCGUGGAAAUGCUGAAAGUGCCCUCAUUUAUGCUUAAGCUGACACUGAAGCAUCCCGAGGACCUGAUUGCCUUUCUCACCGGCUUGCUGCUGGGAAACGAUCAAAACCUACGCUCCUGGUUCGCCGUCUACAUCCGCUCCAGCCAGAAGCGCAAGGGCGACGCACUUAAUCUGGUGCGUGUGGAGCUGCUGCAGAAGGUGAUUCAAACGACCAGCAAGGCGACGGAGCUUCGUGACUUCAAUUUGCAGGGAGCGGUACUGCUACGUCUUUAUUGUGCCCUCCGCGGAAUAGGCGGGCUGAAGUUCAACGAUGAUGAGAUAAAUGCGCUGUCCCAGCUGGUCACCAGCUGUCCCCAGGCAACGCCAUCGGGCGUGAGGUUUGUGACGCUGGCCCUUUGCAUGCUCAUCGCCUGUCCAUCGCUAGUUUCCACCGUUCCGCUUGAGAACAAGGCGGUGGAGUGGCUUACGUGGCUGAUACGUGAGGAUGCCUUCUUUUGCAAACGCUCAGGGACUAGUUCGUCCCUCGGCGAGAUGCUCCUCCUGCUGGCAAUCCAUUUUCACAGCAACCAGAUCUCAGCGAUCAGCGAAAUGGUUUGCUCCACGCUGGCCAUGAAAAUACCUAUUCGGCCGAAUAGCACGAAUCGCAUUAAGCAGCUCUUUACCCAGGAUCUUUUCACGGAGCAGGUGGUGGCCCUACAUGCUGUUCGCGUCCCGGUGACGCCGAAUCUGAACGGCACAAUACCUGGCUACUUACCGGUGCACUGCAUACACCAGUUGCUCAAGUCGCGGACUUUCCUGAAGCAUAAAGUGCCGAUCAAGGCGUGGAUCUUCAAGCAGAUCUGCAGCUCUGUGCGGCCCGUGCAUCCGGUAAUGCCCGCCUUAGUGGAGGUGUUUGUGAACACGUUGAUCAUACCGAAUCCCACCGGAAAGGUGAACAUUGACCACAUGCACCGGCCGUUCACAGAGGCGGAAAUUCUGCAUGUCUUCCGGACCUCGAAGUUAACCUUAUUCGCCGAAGAGCUGCCCCCAAUGGCAGAAAGUGAGGAGCUAUCUUCCAUAGAGGUUAGCUGCCCACUCACUGCCCAGCUUCUGAUGAUAUACUAUCUGAUGUUGUAUGAGGACACGCGACUGAUGAACCUAAGCGCUCUGGGCGGCCGCAAGCAGAAAGAAUACUCCAACAACUUCUUGGGCGGGCUGCCACUGAAGUAUCUGCUGCAGAAGGCUCACCACUACCACCACGACUAUCUGUCGCUGUUCCACCCGCUGCUGCGACUCAUUAUCUCCAACUAUCCACACCUCAGUAUGGUGGACGACUGGCUGGAGGAGCAAAACCUGACGGAGGGCAAUCCUCCGCUGGCAGUGGUGAGCAAGCGGGAGCUGAAACCAGAGCAACUGGAUCAGGCGCUAGGAGCUAUUCAAUCAAAGCCGCAUCUGGCCAUUCGGGCGUUUAAGCAACUGCUCCAACUACCACCAGAAUCCCUGGCGCAAUAUGGCCAGAAGCUUGUGCAGCACAUGCCAAUGGUCUUUGAGAAGACAGUACCGCGGUACAUUAAAGACCUGUAUAACGAUCUAUGGCUGCGCCUGAACGCAGUGCUACCCACCACCCUCUGGAUUAUGUCGCUGCGGGCGAUUACUAGUAGCUCGGACUCUAUCAACAGGCGCUCCUUUGGCAACGAGAGUCUUUUGGAGCCCAUGGAAGUACUAAGUUGCCCUCGUCACGUAUUCUGCUCUCCGUAUCUGCUGAUGAUUCUACUCCGCAUCCUCAAGGGAAGUCUGGCCGCCUCUAAGACGUAUCUCAAUGUACACAUGCAGCAGAAACAAGUGCUGGACAAAAACGGCUUGGUGCAGACUGAUGCGGAUCGGGAGGAGCUGAAGACAACGCUGAUUGCCUCGCAGGAGAGCGCCGCCGUUCACAUCCUGCUGGAGGUGCUGGAGUACAAGGCGAGCAAAGCCCACGACCGUGUUUCCCAUUUGGAGCUUCGCGAGAUCCAGGGCAUUAUAGGCACAUACGUCCACCAGGCCUUCAUUUCGGAGCCCUCGUUGGCGAAACUGGUCCACUUCCAGACGUACCCCAAGUCCGUCAUCCCCAUGAUCGUGGCCAGCGUACCGUCGAUGCACAUCUGCAUUGAUUUUGUCCACGAGUUCCUCAAUGUAACCGAGAUGGACAAGCAGAUCUUCACCAUCGAGCUCACCUCGCACCUGGUUCUCAACUACUCGAUACCCAAGAGCUUGGGCGUCUCGAAGUUCUGCCUGAACGUGAUCCAGACCACGUUGUCCCUCCUCACAUCUUCAGCCAAGUGCAAGUUCCUGCGGAACAUCCUGCCGGCCAUGGUGCGCUUUGUGGAGACUUUUCCCAUCCUGGCGGACGACUGUGUCAACAUACUGAUGACCACUGGCCGUAGUCUCCACUCUCAAUCCUCGCUGGGCGUAACUACCAUGCAGAUGCCGCUCACGGAGAGCGCUAAGCUCUGCUCCUACAGGGAUGCUCAGCUACACAUCACCAUGAUAGAGGAUGCGUUCAAGGCGCUUGUCACGGCUGUCAUGCAGAAGUCGGAACUGUAUUAAUAGGAGGUGGCUAAGCCUCAGAAAUCCCUUACUCUACCCAUUUAUUUUUUCCCGCCCUCGUCUUAAUAUAAUAUCGUAUGUAAAAUUCAUAAAAACAAAUGACCAAAAUAGUUUAAGUAAAAAGCUAAUUUUUAAAAUCUACCCCUUUAGUGAACUAUUAAAGAUUCUU